AUGCUUCUCAGGAACGGCCGGAGAGGCCUUUCCCUCCACCAUGCCACCGUUUUUCGACCCCUACGACCGACUCCUCGAUUCGCCUUGACAACGAUCAAUGCGAGCGAAAGAAGCCACCGCUGCUUCACCACACAGCAGAACGCGCGUCCCAUACCGAGACGGAACAGCUUGAGUGCUAGCCGGAAUCUCGCCACUGCCGUCAACGAACGCCAGCCCAGCAAUGACUGCCAGUUUGAAAAACUCCACAACGCCGUCAUACCUCUUUUCCGGAAGACCGCGGCUGGCAGCCAUGUUCAUGAGCUGCGCGCUUUCGAUCCCUCCUCGCCCCUCGUCAUCGAAGAGCCGUCGGUGGCUGCCGCUCGCGGGAGAGCAAACCCGGCUGGCGUACCUGGUGACGCCGAGGAGAUGCUCCUCGUCUUCCACGCUUGCAUCCGCGUUGGCAAGAUCGACCGCGCCGAACUUGUUCUCAAACGCAUGAAUUCCUACGAUGUCUUUCCAGGAGAAGAACUUAUCUUUCUGCACAACCGAUACCUCCGCGCCUCUCUCGACCAGAUGCGAUCAAGGCCAGACAGGAAACAGGCAGAGGGCCUCCACAAAUGGUACGAGCUGAAUAUCCGCGCCAAGGACUUGCCUCAGACUGCCGAAACCGUAGCCUGCAUGCUCAAGGCCUCGCUGCUCUCAGAACACGAUCCCGACAGACGCCGCCGCCUGGUGACCCGAUACAUGGGUUUGGCCCCCGGCGAGGCUGGCCUCCAGGUCUUGUCAAUGGCAGACAUUCUCACCGACCAGGAUCUUGCCGUCAUCACAGACUUCUGCCCAACCUACAACCUUGCCCCCACAGAAAACGAGGUACCGGCAGACGCCGAAGCCGCCGAAGCUGCCGAGUUCCCGAUCGAGUCCGCAUCCGAGGAAGUAGCUAUCAAAACCGCUUCUGCCCCGGGGCAAUCUAUGCCAGAGGUCUUGGCCACGCCCCAGAAGGGUUUCGGACUCAAAACCCUGAAGAAUACCCUGACUUUGUUCGACGAGAUCCCCCAGAAUUGCGACAUCUCGACGUUGCCUCUCCGCGAGCGGAGAGAGAUCCAAGCCCGCCUUGAGCGUGAUUGCGUCGAUGCCGCUGUUGAGCGGUGGCGCGAGGAGAACGAGUCCCUGCAGAAGAUGGGCCUCAACACCUCCGUCUCACACGCCUCCCUGAACUCCCGCCUAUACGACUGGCAACUUGCCUUGGAGGCUCGGCUGAAGGACGAGCUGGUCAGGAUCGAGGCUGCCGAGGCCACGCCCAAGAAGACUCCCGAAGACUACGACCGAUGUGUCUACGGCCCUUUUCUGCGCCUGUCCACUCCGAGCCGUCUGUCAGCUGUCACCAUCUUGGGCACUUUGAGCUCAACCGCCAUCGCUGGCGUCGAUCGAGGCAUGCCCAUCUCCAUCGCCAUCUCCAAUCUCGCCAGGCUGGCCGAGGAGGAUAUUAGAGCCCAGCUUGCUGCAAACCAGAAGCUGAAAUCGAAGCCGAAGAGCAGGCGGGUUAUCAUGACCAAGCGCGAGCGCAAAACCUCGCCCGAGGAACCCGCUAAGCUACUGAGUGACUCCGAGGCCAAGGCAUCCCCCAUCCCCGACACCCCUUGGCCUCCUGCGGUCAAAGCCAAGGUCGGCGCGGCGCUGCUCUCGGCACUCAUUGAGACCGCCAAGAUCAAGGUGGUGAAGGAACAUCCCGAGACCAAGACCCUGAUCAGCCAGUUUCAACCCGCCUUCUCUCACGUCAGUCAGCUGAAGAGGGGUAAGAAGAUUGGCAUGAUGCUGCUGAACAAGGAGCUGGUCAAUCUUAUGAAGCGAGAGCCCCAGGGUGACUACCUUGCCAAGCAUUUGCCAAUGGUUGUUGAGCCUGAGCCAUGGCAGGCGUUCGACAAGGGCGGUUUCUUGGAAAGCAGAGCGAACCUGGUUCGCAUCAAACAGGGUGGCAAGGACCAGAAGCUGUAUAGCGAGGCGGCCAUCGCUCGCGGAGACAUGGACCAGGUCUUCAAGGGUCUGGAUGUCUUGGGCAAGACAGCAUGGCGGGUCAACACACCUGUUCUCAAUGUCAUGCUCGAGGCCUGGAACACUGGCGAGGCUCUGGCCAACCUUCCCGCAUUGAACCCUGAUAUUCCCGUACCCCCCGAACCCGAGGCGUCCGACGACCCGAUGGCGCAUAGAAACUGGGUCAGAGCCGUCAAGGCUGCGGACAACGAACGAGGCGGUUUGCACUCCGUCCGCUGCUUCAUGAACUUCCAGCUGGAAAUCGCCCGAGCCUUCCGGAACCAGACCUUUUACUUCCCUCACAACAUCGAUUUCCGUGGCCGCGCCUAUCCCCUGCCGACCUAUCUCAAUCACAUGGGUGCUGAUCACGUCCGUGGCAUCCUCCGCUUCGCCAGGGGCAAGGAACUGGGCGAAGAUGGCCUCAAAUGGCUCAAGGUCCACCUGGCCAACGUCUUCGGUUUCGACAAGGCCAGCCUCAAGGACAGAGAGUCGUUCGCCAUGGACAACCUGGUCAACAUCUUCGAUUCGGCAAACAAGCCGCUUGAUGGCAACAGGUGGUGGCUGAAGGCCGAAGACCCGUGGCAAUGUCUCGCUGUGUGCUACGAGCUCAAGGCCGCUCUCGAAUCCCCGGAGCCCACAAAGUUCGUCUCCCAUCUCCCUAUCCACCAGGACGGCACCUGCAACGGUCUGCAGCAUUACGCCGCCCUCGGCGGUGACUCGUGGGGUGCACGACAGGUCAACCUCGAGCCCGGCGACAAGCCUGCCGACGUCUACUCUGCUGUCGCCAACAUCGUCAAGGAGCACAUUGCCAAGGAUGCCGAGGCCGGCAACGCAUUCGGGCUGGUCAUGAACGGAAAGAUCACCAGAAAGGUCGUCAAGCAAACUGUCAUGACCAACGUCUACGGCGUCACCUUUGCCGGUGCCAAGAAGCAGGUCUGCAAACAGCUCGACGCGUUGUACCCGAACCUGUACGAGGAGUCUGGGUUCUCUAGUAUCGUCCUUGCUUCGUACGUUGCCACGCUGGUGUUCAAGGCCCUGUCGUCCAUGUUCGGCGGCGCCCAUGACAUUCAGCACUGGCUCGGUGAGAUUGGCGGACGUGUCUGUAGGGCCCUGUCAGCCGAGCAGCUGGAGCGGAUCAGCAACGACAACCUCUUGCCUUCGCCAUCAAAGACGGCAAGAGCCGGUGACAAGAAGACGACUACCGACGACCUGCUGGCCCAGUUCCGCGCCACGAUCGUUUGGACUACUCCCCUCCGCAUGCCCAUUGCCCAACCGUACCGCAAGAGUGGCACCCGCAUCAUCAAGACCUCCCUCCAAGAGCUCUCCCUGACCGUCCCUGAGCGCUCCGACCCCGUCCACCGCAAGAAGCAGCUCCAGGCCUUCCCUCCUAACUUCAUUCACUCGCUCGACGCGACGCACAUGCUCCUGUCCGCGCUCGAGUGCCACGAGCUCGGCCUUGACUUCGCCGCCGUCCACGAUUCUUUCUGGACCCACGCCGCCGACGUCAACGUCAUGAACCGUGUUCUCCGUGACGCUUUUGUCAGGAUCCACGAGGAAGACGUCAUCGGCCGUCUCUCGGCCGAGUUCGAGGCCCGGUACCGCGGCUCGAUCUACCUCGCCAAGGUUAACGAGGGAACCCCGGUGGAGAAAAAGAUCACCGCGUUGCGUAAGAAGUCAAGGAUGUCAUCCAGGGAGGAGCUCCUGAUGGAGUACAAGAGACAAACCCUUCUCCGUUCCUCCGACCCCGAGCAGGUUGCCGAGGGCCGGAAUAUGGUCACGCCGGCCAGCAUCUUUGAGGAGAUGGCGGCCACUGAGGCCCUCGCCGAGCCUGAGGACAUGGACGGCCUUGGGCUCGGCGCCAUCCCUGACAAGGCCAACGAUGCGGGCGCCCUCGCGGCCGAGACCGAGGAGGGCAUCGACGACGAGAUCGCCAAGGAGGACGACGAGGAGACGGAAGCGGGUGACGGCGAGUCUCCGAGCUCCCAGUGGGCGAAGCAGAUGCUGAACAACAUGAAGAUCUCGCAUUUUGAGCAGACGAUCAUCAACCGGCCCAAGACCGCCGAGGCCAAGACCAAGCUCAAAACCAUUCAGGUCUGGCUCCCGCUGACCUUCCCGCCCAUCCCCAAGAAGGGCGACUUUGACGUUCAGCGCCUCAAGGAAAGCGAGUACUUUUUCUCGUGA